CAUUAUUUUUACAGGAUAAUCAGAUUAAAUUUAAUUCUAAUUUAUGACAUCUUUCCUAGUUUUCACAACUUUCUGUGAUUACAUUCUUGGUUGGAUUUUUCAACCUCAGUGCACCCAUAGAAUUUUAUCACUGGCAAUUGGACCUACUUUGAUGUGGAGCUAAAAUCUUAAGAGCUGCAGGAAUAGCAACAUUUGUUCAUUUAUUGUCCUUCAUUAGGCAAUGGUGACAUCAAAGAGAGCAACUUCAGAAGCAGAGAUACACCCUUGGAAAAAACAAAGAAACUUCCCUUCAUCUUUGAACACCUUGAUAGGACUGACCUUGAUCUGUCAGCUGCCAAAGUGAUAAUUAGUUCCUGUUGCCUGUAAUCGAGAAAUCCUACUGACCCCUUCAAUCAAGAUGACUUCAGGCAAGACAAAUUUAUUACAGGGAUACAGAAGUGUCUCAUGAAACUCAUUUCAGAUAGGCCUUCCCUGACCACCCUGUAUACAAUAGUUCCCGCCCCCCUCAUCCUCUUAUCUUGCUUUACUUUUCCUCAUUGCAUUUAUCAUAUCCAGACAUAGCACCCAUUUGCUUGUUGCCGUCACUGGACUGUCUCUCCACAAGAGCAGGGACUUUGAUGGCUCGCUGCUAUUUCCCCAGUAUGGCACAUUACUGAAUGGAUACUUAAAUACACGAAUACAAGAUGCUCAUAAGGGACUGGGAUUGAAAAUUAGAAAACCAUCAGGGCCUGGGCAGUUUCUCUCCCAGGGGUCAGUCUCUAGGGCUAUAUGUUUGUGCAUAUCUUCCUUUCUCUUCCCAUCUGCUUUUUUGCUUCUCUCUACAGGCUAAAAUGGAAGAAGGGAGGGAUACAGAGAAACAAGAUGCCUAAACCAGAGGUUUCUAAACCCAAUGCCUCAUUAGAAUCGUCAUUUUAAAAACAUUGAUUCCUGGGUCUCAUGAAAGACCCCCUGUAUCAAAAUUUCUGCAGUGGGGGUCUGAGAAUCUAUUGUUUUAAAAUCCAUGUUUAGCCAGCCAGUCACUGAAUUGUAGAUGGGUCUCUGAGAACCUCUGUUUUAAACAAAUCAAGCUUUCCCCAAAAUGUUGUUUAGAGUUGACAUCUUCAACAAAUGUUCACUGAGAACACCUAAUAUUAGCCAGGCAUAGGUGUAGGUGCUAAGAGACUAGGAAAGAAAACUAAAGUCUUUGACAUUGUUGUGGUUGAUCCCAUACACAGGAAAAGGGAGGGAAAUGCAUUCUGUUUUUUUUUUUUAAUUGAAGUAUAGUCAGUUUAUAAUAUCGUGUUAGUUUUCGGUGUACAGCAUAGUGAUUCAGAUAUACACAUGUGUACUCCUUUUCAUGUUCUUUUUCAUUACAGGCUAUUACAAGGUAUUGAAUAUAGUUUCCUGUACUAUACAGUAGGACCUUGUUGUUUCCUUCUUUUUUUUAUUCAUUCCGUUUCAUUAUCCAGAAAACAGGCUGGUAGGUACUAUUAUUAUAAGGGUAGAGUCCUAGAUGAGAUAUCGUAAGAUCUAAUUUCUGAAUUUUCUUUUUUUUGGGGGGGGUGCAAUAGGAGGUAAUUAGAUUUAUUUAUUAAUUUUUAAUGGAGAUAACUUGGGAUUGAACCCAGGACCUCAUGCAUGCUAAGCAUGUGUUCUACCACUUGAGCUAUACCUUCCCCCCUUAUAAGAUCUAACUUCUAAUCUUGUCUCUGCCACCUACAGGGUAUGUCUUCUUGGGCUUGUCAUGGCCUUAGUUUCCUCAGCUAAGAACUGAGAUAGUAUCUUCCCUGUGUACCUCUCAGAGAGUUACAACAAUUAGAUGAUAAUGCAAAAAUGCUUUGAGAAUUACACAAAAGUCAGCCACUAUGUUUUCCCCACAGAUCCUAUAGUUCCCAUACAUUAUUUAGAACACUUUGGUUAUGUGUUCCCAACCAUCACAGUGAGAACAAUAGCAUUCCAAAGUUAACAAUGUCCUUUUGUGAUUGAACUUCACUUCUCUACCACCUGGUUUGAGUUAAGCGCGUUAUAAACAUUAUACACCUUGAGUUUCUAUAACACAUAUUACUGAUAUCAUAUCAUUGAGUAAUAUCUUCAUUGCUCUUUAAUUACUUACCGUGUUAACUUGUUUUUCCAACCCCUGCUCAUAAAAUCAUCAGUCACAGGCCUGUUUUGUGUUUGCCAUGUGUUCUCCAAGGCACUGGGUACAAAGGUGGGCCGUUGGGGCUCCAAAAAUACCUGUCUAUGGAAUGACUGAAUAGAUAAGGUUAUUUGUAUGAUAACAGUGCAUGCCCUAUUCUCAUCAGCCAUAGGAGCAGGGAGGCAGGGAAGGAGGAGAGACUGUGGUUAAUGCCUGCAUUAAAGUCUUUUUCUUCAUUCCCUCCCUCUCAAUUCUUGUGGAAUCUCAGAUGGCUGACAGGAUGUGGGUGGGAAUAGAUGGAUCUGACAGGGACUAGAGUUUCAAGGCUGCAUCUAUCUGUUCUAUCUGUUCUGCUAAAGGAUUGAUCUGAGUAGUGUACAAUGGGGAAUGUAAGGGAGUGUAUUGGAAUGUGUGAAUUUUAUAGCACAUGAUAAAGUGGAACUUUACAACAGACAAAGCUCUUGGGAUUGUAAGAAUUAAAAUACAAUAAUGGUGCGUAAUACUUAGACCAAAAUAUGAAUACAGUUCUGCACUAUGUAACAUCUUUUCUCUAAAUUUGCAGUGUUGGACAUCUUGAUUGACAAGAUCUCAUAAUCUAUUUGAGAAAGACGUAUAAUUGCUGGUUCCCAGUUGGACGGUGUGAAGUGAGACGCCCACACUCCUUUCAGCACCUGCAGAGAAUUAAGGCAGAGUGUGUCUCGCGUAAGCUCCUCUUCCAGUUCCCGAAGAAGGAGCGAGCCGCCCCCUCUGGUUGUCAUGCAACGGCGUUGUCCUGACCCGGAGUAGAUGCCGGCGGACUAGAAACACGUGCCGCCUCUUCCGCGUUCCAGGACUACAUCCCCCACAAUGCCGCGCGCCGCGGGCGGCAGGACUCCGAAGUGGGGGAAGGGCUCGGCCAGGAGGCGGAGCGGAAGCAGAGUGCGAGGGAAGAGUAGAAUCUCCACAAUCUGGGAACCAACCUUGUCCCUGAUUCUCGGCCCCGGCCUUUCUCCAUCCGCACCUGGAGGCUGCUUCGCGAGCGCGGGACGCAGCUGACGCCCGCUAAUCGGCUUUCGCUGCGCCGCCCUGGCUCGGGAGCCCGUUGGCGUCGGCGACGGCGACGAGAAGCCCACAGGCAAGAGUUGUUUGAGAGUUGGAGGCAACCUUGCUGAAGAUGAAGAAUAUACAGUAUUAGAGGAGAUUUUUUCUUUUUUCUUUCAACAAUCUUGAUUAUUUGGUGGCUUGCCUCUAGUUACCAUUUUUCAGUUGAGUCUGUUUGCUUCAUCAGAAAUGAUUUUUACAAUCUCAAGAAAAAAUAUGUCCCAGAAAUUGAGUUUACUGUUGCUUAUAUUUGGACUCAUUUGGGGAUUGAUGUUACUGCACUAUACUUUUCAACAACCAAGACAUCAAAGCAGUGUCAAGUUACGUGAACAAAUACUAGAUUUAAGCAAAAGAUAUGUUAAAGCUCUAGCAGAGGAAAAUAAGAACACAGUGGAUGUCGAGAAUGGCGCUUCUAUGGCAGGAUAUGCGGAUCUAAAAAGAACCAUUGCUGUCCUUUUGGAUGACAUUUUACAACGUUUGGUAAAGCUGGAGAACAAAGUUGACUAUAUUGUUGUGAAUGGCUCAGCAACCAACACUACCAAUGGUACCAGUGGGAACCUUGUGCCAGUAACCACAAAUAAAAGGAUAAAUGCAUCAGGCAGCAUUAGAUAGCAGUCGAGGAUCACCCUGUGCUGCUCCAUUCACCAUGGAUUACAUCCUAUGGCAGAAAAGCUUUUAAAUCGCUGGCUAGGAUAGAGUAAUACUUCACAACGAAAGCUCUACGCAUUUUCAAGGAAUAUGCUGGAUUCAUGGAACUCUAAUUCUGUAUAUACAUUUUUAAAGUUACUAGUUUGCUUUCAGGCACAUUUCUUCAAUGCUCUACUGUAUCCUUAAAGGGAAUUUGAUUAACAUGGUUGAUGAAGUAAGCAGGUAGGUGACCUUUGUGUAAAUCUUUGUGUUUGAGAUCAAGUUGAAACAAAAACACUGAAAGACAUGGAUUCACUUCUAUAAAAUAAAAUAUUUAUUUAAAUAUAUAACAUGUUUUUCAGAAAGUGAACAAUAUCAUUGAAUCAUUGUCACUUGUUCUCAGUAGAUGUAACUGUUGGACUAAUACUGUUAGAAAAUGUGAUUUCCCAUACUGUAUUUUGUUACCAGAUUACGAGCAGAGAGAAAAGAAGUAUAAUGUUGAAAAUAAUGUUUUGAAGUCAUGACCCAAAGAAUGUCUUCAUUUUGCACUAUCCCUUCAGAAUAACUGGAGGUUAAUUAUUGUAUAUUUAAAAAAUUACAUUUGUAAGAGUAGAAUCUUGAAAUGGGUAGUAGCCACUGUCCGUAACCUAUUCUAAACAUUGGAACAAUUAAAUAACACUAAAGUAGUAACCUUUAAUCUCACCAUGUAACAUUUUCUUAUAUACUUAUAUUCUGAAGAGUAAAAGAUAUUUUUGUGAUAAGAUUAAAAAUAACUAUUCAUGAUUUUUCACAUACAUGAAUGUUAAUUUGAAAGUGUAACCCUUUGAGUGAUUUUGCUGUCAAGAAAGCACAUUAUUUCCAUAUUUGGGUAAUUUUUGCUUUUUUUUUUUUUUUUUUUGGCAAGGGAGGGGGAAACAUAUCUGUGAGACUGGGACUCUUAGGGACUUUAUCCAAAUGUAUAUAAUAAAGGUAUUUGUGUUGCAUUAAAUUGCUUGGAAAAUGUUAACAUUAGAGUAUGUAGAGUAUCUGCUUUAUGAAAUUUUGGAUUUGUAUAACAUAUAUACUAGAUAUUCAUUUUAUAUAAUGACCACUUAAAAAUAAUUAAGAACGUUUAAAAUAUAAUUUAAAUUAUAAAGAUGGACUAUCUUUUCAGGAAGACAGCUAUUGUAUAUAGCACAAGAGAUCCUAACUUGGGGUAAUUCUAGUAUAGAGCGAAGUCCACCCUUAUUUAAAUUUCCCUUGUAGCAAGUUUAAUUGCCAUAUGGUGCCCUAUAUUUCAUAGUAUUUAUUCUCUAUAAUAACUGCUGAAGUGCAGCUAGCUUCUAGAUUUAAACUGUAUUGAAUUUAAUUUUGGAUAUUGUGUUGUUCAUUAUUACAAUAUGCUACCACAUGUAGUAGCAAUAAUUAUAAUGUUUUAUUAAAAUAAAUAUGAGAAAAUACUGUUUCAUGAAAGGUAGCUUUCCAAACUUUUCCCUGUACCCUACCUUUAUGUGAAGAAAUUAUUUACAUUUCCAGGUGAAGUUUGGAAUAAUUGUUUGGUCUCUCUUAUUAGAUGUGGACAUUUUUAUUUUUUGUUUUUGUUUUCAGGGAUGAAAUAAAAUGUAUUAUUUGUACUUUAAA